GAUGGAUAAUAGAGGUGUUCAGUUUCAAUACCUGACAGGAGCACCUCAUUCCGUUCUUCAUAAAGCGAAUAGAUGUAUGCAUGAUAAAAACAAAUCACAACCAUCUACCUUUAUGGACCACCUCCUUCGAUUAUAUCCUCAGGCUCCUACGAAGAUUUCCGGAGCAGGAGAACUGGUUCCCAAAAGUUAUCAACUUUUGCAAUAUGACUUCAAGAAGGGAUCUGAUAUCGAAUUCAAAGACCCAAAUGGAUCGACUGAAGAAGAAAAUUCACUAAAAUCAGAAACAAGUGCUAUCAAUCGCUUAUUAACUUUUAAUUCGCCUAGUAAGCUUACUCAAGAAUUAAGGAAGUUAAUGAACUCGGAAAAGUAUUCAUUAGAAUUUUUUACGCCUUCUGUACCUAAUUUCAUUAAUAGUCAUAUGAUCGAGCCAGUUUGUAAUGAUGGAAAACCUGUUCAAUUAGGAAGUGGCUGCUUCGGAACAGUUUUUUUGGCUGCACUCAAUAAUAAUAUAAGGCGUUUAGUUGCUGUUAAGUUUAUUAGGAAAAAUGUAGCUUCGAUAAACGAUAUAAUAAAAGAAGCAUCCUUCAAUAGUCAGCUAUCUAGAAUUCAUGGAACACCUUGUCCAGAAUUCUUUGGCUUGGCAAAAAUAGAAUCUAAUGAGAAGUUCCAUAGUUUAGCUCUCGUAUCAGAAUUUAUUGGAAAUGAGAACAAUUUGAAAAGUUUAACUCUCUAUCAACUAUUAAGAUUGGGUAAGAGGGCUUUCCAAAAAGGAUCAAGACUACCGUUUACUGACAGAGAUCUAGUAGCGAUUCUUUUACAUAUUAUAAGCGCUUUAGCUGCAAUUCAUCAUAGAAGCGUUUACGUAAAUGAUUUAAAAGCGGAUAACAUCUUACUUAGAAAGGAAGUGAAUGGAUGGUGUACUUAUAUCGUAGACUUGGGUCACGCCACGUACGGACAUCAAAGAGCAAAAUUUGAUUUAGGUAAUUUGACUGAAGAGGAAUAUCUAUCAGAGUAUCGUCAAGUUGCACCAGAAACUGUAUACUAUGGUCAAUGCGGACCGUGUUCCGAUGUUUAUAGUUUCGGUAAUAUAAUAAAUAAAAUAUAUAAAAGUAUGAGAAUUCAAAUUGGAAAGAUAGAAGAAUUAAUAGAUUUAUGUAGAAAACGAGAUCCUAGAGCUCGACCAUCAACUUUAUGGAUAUCAAAAGAGCUUGAAAUAAUAUUUAAUUCAAUUUAG